ACCUCCACCAUGGUUGGCCACCAUCACUACAGUCACAAUAACAGCCGCGGGUGGAACAACGUUCAUAUUCUCUCAGUCAGAUUCUCGUCUCUCGGCGGAAACUAUCAGUGACAAAAGUUAUUUGUGGAAAUACAAUUUAUUUUGUUUACACUGGUUUUUACUUUGCUACUAGAGCAAAAUAGUUUGAGCUGAUGAGAGGUAUUCCAAUUGUGAGAACAAGUCAUAUUGGUUCCCCAGUAUGGUGGGUCGUAGUCAGUGCUUGCUGCUGCACCUGCUGCCCCUCCUCCAGCCACUAAUCUUCCCCAUUAUAGUUUCCGCUAAGUUCUACAUUGGACACUACAAAACACUGCCCAUGUCCGCUGAGGUUGCCCACAACCCUGGCCAGGCGAGAAGUAUGCCGUAUAUUGUGCUCCCCGGGGAAAUGGGAAGCUCAAGUGUGUUAGGUACCAUGAGACUAAACAGGUACCAGCGUGUACCAGCACAUCAUCAGUAUAGUGAUAACCUCAUCAAACACCCUCUCUACGUCGCUGAUCCCACCAUGUUCAGUUCCCAUCCUAACAACUACGGCAACGAUAAACACAACGUCUAUACUCACGUGCAGAAGAAUAACGUAAAAUAUGUUGUGCCACCUUUUACACCAGGCGGAAAGGUCCGUGUGGAAUUUCAAUUCUGGAUCCCAAUCACUGUUAGUGGGUUUUUCAUAAAUGGUCGUGACCUAGAGGCAGCAAUGAAAUCUCCCAACCCCACUGCUUACAUCACCGCUCUCUUCUUCAAACAUUUGGCCACCAACUCAAGUAUAAGUGAUAUUCUCAGCAACCUAGAAAGCCCAGUGAAAAUAGGUGUUCAAAAUUUUCUAGACCGAGCACUGCCUUAUCUUAGUCAUAUAACAAGCAGAGACUCAGUGGGGGCAUUCACGUUUAAAGAUGAAGAAAAUGUAGGGAAUUCGAGACACAAGAGAAGCCCCGAGGAUGCUGAUGGUUGGGUCACCAUCGGUGGAGAACAAUCAGAGGCAGUGACACCCAGAGCUCCUCUACUGAACCACAUACCUUCAUCACUGGCACCAGCAGGACAAGGCCCUAAUAAUCGGGUAUUGUGGAAUGGUGGUGACCACCACCUCUCUCACAAUGACAUAUCCAACUCUGCAGACAAAGUUAGGCCAAGUCUUGACUUUGAAGAUCCAAUCGACUACCACUAUCUUCGUCCAUUUUCUUCAUCUUUUCCAUCUUCUCGUCCUUCUUCUUAUCGGCCAUCCCCAUCUGUACAUCCAUCCCACAACAACCGUCCAGCAGGAAACCCUUCAUACUCUCCAAGUUCUGACUUGUCUCCUUCUAACUCUCCUUCCUUAUCAGACUUCAGACCUCCUUUCCAUCUUACUUCAUUUGAUGACAUUCCCUCGAGUGUGGCUGUAGGCGAGAGAGGCCUUGAUGUGAGUACCCGCCUCUCACGCCUCGACUAUUUCUUCACCAACCUCCACUUGGACCACGAAGAGUGUCGUCGUCGGGUUUUGUGUGAAGUAUCUCGAGAUCCUGAUACGUUUGCCCCACUUUCAGACAUGAUAAAUGGUGAAACUAGGCUCCCAGGAAACCUCCAUGAGCUAAGCCGCACCCUAUUAAAUACUGCAGAGGGCGCUAGGCUCCUCUCAUAUGUUGAAGCUGUUAAAACUGGGGAAGACAGGACACAAGAAUGUGAUGUGUAUAGAUACAGAUGCAGAAUGCAGGCUCGAGAGGUAAUCAAUACAGACAUCUUGCCAAUCUGGAGAGAAGUUGUUCGAUGGCUCACAGUCAAGGUACUAGCACAGGACACCUCACUUGCCUGAGUCUCUCUCAACAGUGCAGCAUUCAUGUACAUCCUUUAGGAUGUACCACUUGUUACACUGCCAGUAAGAUUUUAAUCUUGUGCAAAGGCUUUUUCUCCUCUCUCAUCUUUAUCUAAUGUGUUUUGGUAUUGAAGAGAGCAAAUGUGCUGGGGAAAUGAUUUACACAUUUGAAUGUGUCCACUAUUACCAGUAGAAUGUUAUACAAUACCGACAAGAUGAAAACUGAGACACGUGUGCAACAUCUGAGAAUCUUUAUUGUAGACGUUUCACCACCCAGUGGCUUUAUCAAUACAGAUUCUAGCACAUAAUUUGAAGACAGUAGAACUAUACAAGAGAUGAGGUAAUCAGUCCCUCAGCCUUGGAUGGUGUGAAGAGCACCGUAGUCAUGAAGAUUCUUACCCAUCCCUUGGGGUAUGACCUACUUCCAUUGGAGAACCCCGCCUACCAGUGACUAUGCCCUCAUCUGCUACCCUUUCCUCACCACCUGACGUUAGUGUAUAAGCACCAGCCUCCUUGCCUAUGCUCCAGAAUCUUCAAAACUAUGGUGCUCUUCACACCAACUCCAAGGCUGACUGACUGAUUAUUUCAUCUUUUAUAUAUAUUUCUACUGUCUUCAAUUAUGUCCUGGAAUCUGUAUUGAUAAGCCAGUGGAUGGCAAAACGUCUACAAUAAAGAUACCCAUUAUUAUUAUAAUCAAAAAGAAGCGCUAAGCCACAAGGGCUAUACAGCAUAAAGAUACCCAGAUGUUGCACAUAUGUCUGUUUUCAGAAUGCAUUAUAACCGAGAUAUUAAUUUUAAAUCUAUGUAAUGAAGAAAGGACGUUGAUAUUUUAGAUUUCAUAUUCAAGAAAUUGUGAUAAUGUGGAUUAGUAAUGAUGCAAAAUCUCAUGGUUGAUAUCAGGAAGAGACCAAAUAUUGCUAAAAUUGUGUUACUGUAUAUGCUGAAAACAUUUUUUACACCAUCCAUUUCUCACCAAGGCAGGGUGACCCAAAGAGGAAAACACUCAUUUCCUAGCAAUCCUUCCAGAGGUGGAUGGCCAUUGCAGUUUCAGUGAUCUGUCAAACAGCAACAUCCUUGCCCAUCUUUCAGUGCAGGCACUGUACUUCCGGCUUUCAGAACUCAAAUCUAGCUAACCAGCUUUCCCUGAAUCUUCUCGAAUGUUUCCUUGUUCACAUCUCGGUAGUGCAUUAAAUAUAAAAACCUAUGUAUUGUCACUAAUGUAACAUGUUUACACUGGCUUAUUGGAUGCUUAAGUCACUAUUAAAAUCUUCCUUGGCAUCCCCUUGUCAAUGCUUCCUGAGACAUACUCUGAAUUUUAAUACAACCACACUCCCUGUAAUUUUUUUUUCUUUCAUUCCUUAUUCUUAGACAGAAAUGUUACAUUUUCAAGCAGUCUCCAGCCUCUGCCUUUCUGCAACAUCUACCAUAACAUCUUAAUCCAUAAAUAGCUCUUUAACCUUAUCUAAGUACUGCCCCUUUCCAAUAAUAAAGUAAGAUAUGCCCAGAAAGCUACACUUAUGGGUUUUGCAAAGAAAGAUACUAAUUUAUGUAUGUUGUUUAAAUUGCAACUUGUAUUUUUGUAAAUAAAUAUCCGAAUCUGUGUUGUAUUGUUUGAAAAAAUGAGAACCAAAU